ACAUAAUGCACAAACACUACCGCUAUUAUUAAAAAUAAACGCUAUCGUCGUCUAUCCUUUCGUCUUUUUGACCACGGCAUGUAUUUAAAGAUUAUAAUGGUGUUAUAACAUCCCUUCAGGCCGUUCUACAUUACGCUGGAGUUGUCCCAGAUUAUUAUUAUUAAAUACUAUCGGAUAUAUCUCUUACCACGCCGUUGGUGCUACCACAGAGGAACCACUGUUAAUCAAGUGAACCCAUUUGUGGUUAUCUCAAAAACAACUUACAAGUAUUGCACAUAGUUUUCCCUAAAUGGCAACUAUUGGUUGUUCCAACGCCAGUGAUAUAUGUAGUGAUUUUAAUGAGAUAAGUGGUGAUCCACACAGAAUUUGGCUAGGGUGUCUCCCAACACGUAUUACGGAAUUCGCUGUUUUGCAGCUAGCUAAACAAUUUGGAGAAUUAUCUGAUUUCCAUUUCCCUGUGCAUAAGACUGGGGAUCUGCAAGGAUCUACAGUUGGUUAUUGUUUUCUGACAUACAGGUCCGUGGAUGAUGCUAAGAAAGCUUGGAAAGUGUUGAAUGGUUUGAAUUUUCAUGGAUAUAAUUUAGUUGCUAGACCGGCUCGGCCAACUCGAGACGAAUUGACCGUUGCACAACGCUCAUAUGAUGAAGCUUCCAGACUUAGGAUAAUGGAAGAAGCUAUACAACGUGAAGCUCAACUAGCAGCUGUGAUGGCCAUGUGUGAUUCUUCCAGUGUUUUAUCCAGUUGCACUGAAGACCCGUUUAAUGGAACAAUUUCUGACGAACAGCUAUACCCUACUCCGAAAAUAUCUUCCCACUCGAACGACCCGUCUGUUUCAUCUCAUGUUCACAUACCUGAUUUAUACGGAAAACGUGGCUUAAGCCAGAAUUCUCAAACAAGUCCUAAGAUAAAUUCUCAUAAUGUAACUUUGAAAACUUCUUCGUGCAACACAAAUCACCAUCGUCGUCCAAAAAAUCAAAUAGAAACCAGAACAGCUAUACAUCUAAUUGAAAGGGCUUUAAAAAAUUUGGAAAAAACACCAAUCGGUGGUGUAGCAUCAUUAAAACCAAUUACAAAUGGUCAUACUAAUCCUUGUUCUGAUGUAUUAAUAUUAAAAUCAACAAAUCUUGUAAAAUGUGACAAGAAUAAUCGAGUUCAUUGUUCUACAUCAUCACCAUCUAUAUCUUGUUCUAGGCGAAUAACUAUUAGAAAAACACAUGAUAACAAUACAACAAAAUUACAUGCACUCCCUCGUCAUCAUCGGUGUACCAAAUCAAAUGAUCAACUGAUCCAUAAACGUGAUUUUAUUGCACAUCCUAUGUAAUAUUAGACAUUUUCAUGUAGUGUAUAUAUGUGUGUGCUGGACUGUUUUUCUUGUGUUUUCAUCCUUUAUUUCCUUUCCAUGAAGCAUACUACGUAAAUGCGUGUGUGCUUGUCUUUUUGUAUAACCAAAUCACCGAGUUCUAUUAUUCUGUAUUUUUCUUUUAUCUUGUUCACUUAUAGUUUAUUCUUAUUGAAUAGAAUUGGUUCGUGCUCUAUAUAGUAUAUUACUAAUCAGUAUCAGUAAAUAACUAUAUACACAGCUUUCUUCAAAUUUUCUUUUGUUCCUGUCAAAAAAAGUAUGUUCUUUUCAGUAAAGUAAUAAUAAACCAAUUAUCUAUAAUCUAUACCUAAGAUGUAAAGAUCAUUAAUAUUAUAGAUGUUUGAUAUGAAAGGCUUAAAACUAAACCCAAUUCAUUUGGAGAAAGAAUAAAUCACCUAUCGAAUUGAUAUUCAUAUCAGUCGUUCAUAACACUUGGUCCGUGUUGCUUUUCAGUCAGUGAUCUGUGUAUAAGCAUAUCAUUUUAUUUUUUUUAAGCUUAUUAUUCUAACUGGUGGUCAUAUGGUUGAUUUCAAACCUUU